ACCUCCGUUACUAUAAACAAACGUUUCAGAACAGCAAAACAUGUUGAAAUAUGUGAUUAACUGUAUGGCAUAAAGGAAUGAGGAAUAUUCUUCAUCAGUAUACAACACUAAGAAACAGGUAUGAGGAAGAAAACGAAGCCAAAAAUUGAUGAAGGAUCACACUACGAUUCCACUGAAGAACCAGCUGACCAAUCAAAUACUGGUCAAGCUUCUCAGGCCAUAUCUGAUCAGGAUGAUCCCACUUCCGGUCAGUCAAUGUCUGGUCAGAACUCAGAAUGUCAUCCAUCUACUUUACAACAGUUUGCUACUCAGAUGAUCGUCGAUCAGCCGAUGACCGAACAGGAAAUGGCCAAUUCACCAAGCUUUGUUCGGUCCCCAGUAGAUCUGUCCUUAACUGAUCGGAUCAACCCAUCCAUAUCUAAUCAGUCAAGCAGGAAAAGGAAGGUCUCGUCAGCAGCCGGUUCCGCAGAGCAGGAAAGACAAAAUGGAAAAGAGGCCAGGACAGCAUCAGCAUCCACCAUGCAUCCAAGUGGAUCCUCAUCAUCACAUGGUGAAGGAAAUGCACCAAUAUCCAGUAGUACCGAGACAACACCACAAAGUAAAGCCAUAAGUUCGGAAGAACAAGAGCACGAGGUACGCAAGCAUAAGAUAGGCCUCCGAGGAGUGAUGAUUAAGGACAAAGUGGAUUUGGUAGUGACGCAUAAGCGGGAUAUGAGUGAGCGUCUGGCAAACGAAAACAUUCAAAUAUUGAAGGGAAACCAACAAAACCUUGAUAAGGUUGACAAUGAUUCGCAGUACCUUCCUACCCUGAAACAAGUGUCUUUCAAACCAGAACCUAUCAGCAAACUGGAUGUUGUCCCGUUGUUUGGAGACUUAAAUGAUGGUACUUCCCCUCCGACACAAGGUCAUUCAACAUUUGGUAUUGGAAAGGGGUUUAAAUCCUUAGAUAUGCCCCGUCAAUCUAAAGGUCAACCAACGUAUGGAAUUGGAAAGGGGUCCAAAUCUUUAGAAAUGACCCAUCAAUCUAAAGGUGUUUCAAUAUGUGAUAUUGGAAAAGAUUCAAAAUCAUUUGAAAACCUAGAGCUUUCAGCUGAUGCCAUGGAGGGGCUAUCAGCUGAUAAACAAAGUGACAUUGAUUUGCCUGGAUGGGAGCUACCACAGGAAAUAAUUGAUGAAUUUCUACGUUUCUUUAAUUUUCCACAAGGUGUCAUUGCUACAUUUCGGUAUUCAUUUGACACGUGUUUUAAGAUGUAUCCACACUCAAUACCGAAUCAAUGCUGGAUGAUCGGUUACCAAGACCAAGUUAUCAGACUUGUUGAUAAAGAUGGAAGUGUAAUCGAAGCAAUUGACAUAAAGAUCGGACCUUUUGGUAUCACAAUGAUAGGAACUAACACACUUCUAGUUAGUGAUGUUAACAAAUGGAUCAGCCAGAUCGUACUACCUAACAAUACUAUGUCUCCGGCAUUCUCUACACCAUUUAUACCGGAGGAUAUUUGUGUCACCUCUACAGGGGAACUUCUGGUUACCAUGGCAGAUACAUACAAUGAAAACAUCAAGCCUCAGCAAAGUUGUGUUGUAAAGUACACCACAAAAGGACGGGAGGUAAAGAGGUCCCCAAUGUGUGACCAGUUUGGUGACAGACUGUUUGUGUGGCCAUUUAAAGUGAGUGUAAACCAUGGAGGUGACAGAGUGGCUGUUGUCAAUAUCACCAGUGUGAAACAAAGGGUACAUGAUCUAUCACAUCUUGUUAUGUUGGACGGAGAUCUUGACCUUGUUGCCCGAUACACAUACCAUGGACAGGUUGUACCAAGGGACACAAAAUACAAUGUAUCAUCAAAGCCUUUUCGCAUUACUGGUGUUCAAUUUGACAAAUGUAACAAUGUUUUGAUAACAGAGCACUACAGUAGUUCUGUACAACUGUUAGAUAGUGACUGUAGACGUCUCCGAAUCCUGCUGAGUUGUGAGAAUGAAAUACCUGCAGAACUGCAUGUAGAUGUGGACGGAGACGUGUGGAUAUGUUACGAAGACAAUUGUGUGAAAAUAUUAAGGUACCAGUAACAUGAACCGGGACCGUUGUUGUGACAAUACAGAGAUAUCGACACAUCUGAGCAAGUACACUCCAUGUCCACGGAGUAGGGGACAGGACCAUAACAUUAUUUAGUUACAGAACAUUGAUUAUUUUUGUCAUUUUUGUCAUUGUCUUUUAUUGGAUAAAUAAUCUGUCAUAUCAGUUAAAUUAAUGUAUGCCUCAGAAUAUCACUGCAGAUUUGUUUCCAUUCAAAUCAACUUAUAUAUGUUCACUGCUCAAGGCAAAUACACUGAUGUUUUUUUUAGAGGACGUACAAGUUACUCACAGGUACGCUUAUUCGUGGUUAUUAUAUCAGAAAUUGAGGUUUGCUGAUGAAGUAUGACUUUCAAAAUUGUUCACUAUUUUUAAUUAACACUGUAUGAAUAUUGACUGAUAGUAGGUUGUAUCUACUGUAUAUUUGUUAUGUGGCAGUCUUAGUAAUAAUUGUAUACAUUUUUUAUGUAUGUGAUUACCGUCGCCUUUUAGUUUCGCGCUAAAGGAAAUUUCCCUUUGGUUCAAUCAGUACAGCAGUGGACUUAAAACCUGUAGAUCGCUGGGUCGAUCGUCGGUGAAAACACAUGUUCCUCUUUUUUCUUACAUAUGGUGAUAUUGUCCGUGGCCCUCCCUAUGGUGAAAGGGAGUUAGAACCCUGAAUUGUUGAGGAUGAGCCCUUUUAAAAGGUGGGAUUAGUGUGAAAGGUUUUGAUUGUAUCUUUAAAGUCACCUUCUAGCUUCGUGCUAGGGAUAAUUUCCCUUUAUAUCUUACACUGGACAGAAGUAUUAACACUUUUCCCGAUGUGACUCUAGGGUUAAAACGGGGGGAUUCCCCUAUUCAAAAUAAUUGUAUGACGUCACGUCAACCAUGCAUCAACUUAACGUCAACGAUGUAUUUAUUCUGUAACGUUAACAUUACAUUAUGUAUAUGAUACAUAUUGGGUGAACAGGGUCAAAGAAAAAGAAUAAUUCACCCCCUUGAGGUGAGAUUGGGAGUCUCAACCGUCGAGGGAAGAUUCUGAAGUUGCAAAUCACUCGGCAAAGCCUCGUGUUUGGCAACUUAAUAAUCUUCCCCUUAUAGGGGAUGAGAGAUUCUAUUAAUCUCUAUCGGUACAGCGGGGCCCUGGAAACCUGGUGAUCGCUGGUUCCAUUCCUGAUGGAAGUAACCUACUGUCUUGACCAGUAGCAUGCUUGGAUAGAUUAGUGUAAAGUUUCAUUUUGUCUGAAACAUUCUGAAGCCAAGGAUACUCAAUAAAUGGAAACAUAUGCAAAAGUACUUUUAUUAAGAAUAUUUUCCGAUAUUUUCCUUACAACAUAACCUAACACCGUACGUUUUACUCCUUGCCAUACGCAUGAGGUCAAAAGUACAGACACAACUUAUGUACAUUAGAAAUACUUCACGGACAUUUUAUAUGUUGUGAAAACUUAUUAAAAGGAUUUGUACAUUUGUAUUUUAAAUAUAUCAAGUUACGACCCAAGGGAGAUAACUCUGUUACUCUUGUAGGCAAGAGCUUGACUCUUCACAGAUAUAUUAUGUAAAGCAUAUAGUUGAUCCAUUUAUAAUUAUAUUUAUGUAGUUCGGGAAUGGUUUCUAUUUAACUAAGGUCUCGAGAAACCUUGUCUCCUAAUUCUAUAUGAAACUUACAAUUAAUCAGGUUUAAUUUCAAACAAAAUAUUCAAUUCUAUUAGAAUCUACAUAUUAAAUGAAAUGAGCUGGCGUGUUUAUGUAUUUAAAAAUGUAAAUAUUUUUUUCUCUAGUAGAUAUUAUAUAGCCAUUCAAAACAUUGUCAACGUAUCAGAAUAUGUAUCAACCAGUUACCUAUUAUAUGUGUAAGAAAUUAAUGGAAAUUGUCAAAAAAAAAAAUCGUUAAUAUUUUGCCCCUGAUGUGAACAUUAUUAGAUAUAAUAAAACCGUCAUAUAUAUCUAACAUUGACGUAAACAACCAUUUUGACGUCACACAAAACAAUGAGAUGACGUCAAGAAUUAACGAUGAAAUGCCAAUAUGGCAGCGAUUUUCUUUUUUAUUUUGGGUAAACGUGGGGCGGACAAAACAUAUAAUUUCUCAUACUUAUGUCAAUCAUAUAUGUAUGAAAGAAAUACUUUCAAAACAAUUUCCAUUCUUUUCGACAUUUGCGGUAUUCGUUGAAUUUACAGUAAA